CACUCCCGUACCACGGCUCCGACGCUCAGUCUCAAACAACCACCCAAGUGGCUCCGCCGCCCAUCUUCCUGUUCGUUUGGGUUCGGCGGGCAACUCGUCAGCGUUGGUAAUUUACCUGCAGCCUCAGGGAAAAACCAGAGCAGCGUAGUGCACAUCCGAAAAGUUAUCACAGAAACAGAUAUUGUCGACCGGGCGCAAAAGUUACAACAAGCUGUGGAUACCAAUACCUUGAGCACAUUCGCAGAAGAGCGGGUACGCUCGGAGAAAGCUGGUGAAGAUGGCUGGAAGGCCCUCUUUAGUUUGUUCCGUGCGAAUUCGAGGGACGAACUUGUCACGCUGUUAGGUUACUCUAAAGAGGAGAUCAAGGGGCGUGUUGAGGAAGCGGUUGCGAAGCUGAAGGAGGUUGCACCAUAG